AUGUCUGCAGAAAACAAGCCUCUUGUCUGGCUCAUCACCGGAAGUAGCAGUGGAUUUGGCACCUCCCUAACAUUCAUUGCUCUAAGAGCCGGUCAUAAAGUCAUUGCAACUUCCCGCAACCCCUCCAAAACGCCAGAAUUGGUAAAACAAAUCGAGGGUCUCGGCGGCAUCUGGCUCACACUCGAUGUCACCGAAAGCCCGGAAGUCUUGCAGAAAGUGGUAGCCGAAGGUACCAAGAAGUUUGGGAGAAUUGAUGUUCUUGCGAAUGUUGCAGGCAUGUCUAUCAUGGGAGCCCUUGAGGACUUCAGUCCGAAGGAAGCUCAGUUAAUCUUUGAUACCAAUUUCUUUGGUCCGAUGAAACUCACUCAAGCUGUUCUCCCUCAGAUGAGAGCUCGAAAAAGCGGUACGAUCGUCAACUUCUCGAGUGGUGCUGGAAUAAACCCUCAAGUGACUAUGGGCAUGUAUGCUGCAACAAAAUUCGCGCUCGAGGGCUUCUCCCAAGGACUCGUCCAAGAAGUAGCGCCAUUCAACAUCCGAGUCUUGAUCGUCCAACCAGGUCCCUUCACCACCAACAUGGCAAUCGCAGGUACUUUUACCGAGAAAGAAAUGGAUGAAGAAUACUAUGCAACGGCCAUGGGAAAAUUCAUUGAUGUUUUCAAAGGCGAUCCCGGAGAAUGGAAGACUCCUAAUGACGUCGAGAAAGGUUGUCAAGCUGUGUUUGAAGUAGUGACUAGAACGGGAAGAGGGAAAGGAAAAGAAGAACAUUUGAGGUUGCUGCUCAGUAGUGAAGUUGCACAGAGAGCCUUGGACCAGAAUGCGAAGAUUAAGGCGGGGUAUGAUGCUUUUAGGGAUGUGUGGGAGAAUACUAAACAUGAUGGUGGAGUGUCAAAGUCAUAUAUGGACCUUCAGAGAGAGAAAGGUUUGGUGCAGAAGUAGAUCGAUACAUGCACAAGCUCACUCUUCAUCCCACUCGAGAAGCGUAACAUAGCCAUCUACAUUAUCGGCAUGAUGCUCUAUAGAUUUG